CCGGCGCAGACCGGCCGCCCGGAGCUGGCUACCAUGGCGCUGUGUGAGCGGGCAGCCAGCGGGAGCUCUUUGCUAUGGCCUCGGGUGUUGCUCUUCGGGGACUCCAUCACGCAGUUUUCUUUCCAGCCAGGUGGAUGGGGCGCAUUACUGGCUGACCGACUUGUCAGAAAAUGUGAUGUUCUGAAUCGUGGGUUUUCUGGUUACAAUACCAGAUGGGCCAAGAUUAUCCUCCCAAGACUAAUUAGUAAAGGGGGCAGCAAGGAAACUCCAGUGGCAGUUACCAUUUUCUUCGGUGCCAAUGAUGCCACACUCAAAGAUGAGAACCCCAAGCAGCACGUCCCCUUGGAUGAGUACAGUGCAAACUUGAGGGCCAUGGUGCAGUACCUGAGGUCUGUGGACAUCCCUGAGGAGCGAGUCAUUCUCAUCACCCCACCCCCGCUGGAAGCAGCCUGGGAGAAGGAAUGCAUCCUGAAAGGUUGCAAGUUAAACCGCCGUAACUCAGUUGCCGGUGAAUAUGCUAAUGCGUGUCUACGAGUGGCCACAGACUGUGGGACCGGUGUCCUUGACCUGUGGACCCUGAUGCAGAAGGACAACCAGGACUUCUCAUCCUACUUAUCAGAUGGCCUGCAUUUAUCACCAAAGGGAAACGAGUUUCUGUUCUUAAACCUCUGGCCGCUGCUGGACAAUAAGAUCUCCUCUCUGCCGUGGCUGCUUCCUUAUUGGAACGAUGUGGAGGAAACAAAGCCUGAGCUAAGUCUACUGGGAGACGGAGACCAUUAGUCAGCCUGGGAAACCUUCCCAAGUAGGAGCGGUUCCUGCCAUUCAUGGGUACCACCUCAGUUGUUAAUUCACAAACAUUCUAAGAACCACUGUUCAUCAUGUAUAUAACCUCAAACUGAUGAUUCAUAAAUACCAAGAAAUUGAAUAUUUUUCAAGAUUUAACUUCUGUUCAUAACUUUUUUUUGAGACAGGCUCCAAAGCAAUACAGAGAAACCCUGUCUUGGAACUAGCUCUGUAGACCAGGCUGGCCUCGAAAUCAGAGAUUCACCUGCUUCCCGAGUGCUGGAACUGAAGGCGAACGUCACCAAUGCCCGGCCUGUUCAUGACUUUUUAAGUUCAUUGGUGUUUUGCCUGUAUGUUUGUUUUUGUGAGGUUGCCAGAUCCCCUUGAACUGGAGUUACAGAUAGUUGUGAGCUGCCUUGUGGGUGCUGGGAAUUGAACCUGGGUCCUCUGGAAGAGCAGCCAGUGCUCUUAACCACUGAGCCAUCUCUCCAGCCCCUUGCUCAAAAAACCCACUAACAGUUGCCAAUGUUAAUAAUGUAUUUUUCAGGCAAAUGUUAUUCUUGACCCAUUUUGUUUUGAUGGUCAGUAUUUAUUGACUGAAACAGCAACAGACCACAGCUACAGAAUAUACCCUGAGCAGCUUGUUAAUACUGUACAUGGAAAAAAA